GAACAAACUCCGGUUAACCGUUCACUUCAUUCUUCUUUCCGACUUGCCACCAAUCGGUAUCAAUUACUGAAAAUCGUGCAAAAAUACGGCAAAAUUGAAAAGUUCGACAUGCUGUUCCAUCGCUCCGGACCGCUAGCGGGCUACCCGCGUGGAUACGCCUUUGUUACAUACGAGAACCAUAAAGAUUCGGAAGCCGCAUUGCAUCGGUUGGAUGGAAAAUUGGUCGGCGAGAAAACGAUCGUUGUCCGAUGGGCAAAGCACGUUAACCGUGACGAAGGUGAUAGAGCAAAGCCGAAAAUUGAAAUACCUUGUCUGGCGGGCGGUUCCAAAGGUGGCACCAAUGGUCCUUUAAGCCAGCAGACCAAAAUCCAAGCACUGGAAGCGAAGCUUAAGUUGUUGGAGAGCAGAUCGGACGAUCUGGUGAUCAACAAAUCGGCUACCUCGGAACGGCCCAUCAUCGAGCGGUACCAGUACAACAUCAAUCAACAGCCACAGCGAACCGAUCCGAAAAUGAAACGAUCGCACCACUCGGGUGGUAGUGGGCGGGGAGGAGGGCGCGGUGCACCGUACAGCAGAGGCUCACAUCGCCACAAGUAGGG